GACCAAACAAAGGCACCACCCUCUGUCUCAUUUCCUUCCUUCCUUCCUUUCCUUGCUGUGGGCAGGGCAGCUAAAUAAAUAAAAAAAACCAGCUUUCUUUGUCCCUCACUUUUUCUAUCCACAAACUCACUGCAGAAGAGAGAGAGAGAGAUUCCAAAUCUAAUUAGAAGGAGAAGGAGAAGCUCCUCAACAACAAGAAGAAGAAGUAGAGGAGAAAGUUCCUCCCUUUUCUUCUUCUUCUUCUUCUGCAACCCAAAAUCCUCCCCCGACUCCAAGCACAAGCACAAGACGAAGCAGCGGCGGCCCGAUCCGACGCGGUUUGUUUGAUCCAUACCCCCCCUUGCUGCCCAUCGAUUCCCGAUUCUCCGCUUGGCCUGCUCUGUUUAAUUUCUUGUCCGCCGCCCCGAUCCAAUCCCCUCCGCCGGCUAGCUGCUUGCUCCACCACCAACCCCGCAAGCCGAUUCCUCUCCGCCGACCCACCCAUUCAUGCGCCGGAGCCGACCACUACUCUCCCGUCCAGGAUUCCCAUUCCCAUAGCCUAGCUAGCUCCGACCCUGCCGCUCGGCUCACCAACAACCAAAGAUCGGAUUUUUAUUCGAUUCCCCUUCCCCUCCCUCCCUCCACAGCACUAGGACUAGGUUGCUUCUCGCUCCGGUCAAACCCAUCCCUUCUCGCUGGAUCUCGCCGAUCCAUAGCAUAGCAUGGUGGGCCAAACCAUGAUGCGCAUCGUGCGCCCCUGCUUCAAGCCCUCACUGCCCGACGGCGCACAGGUCGUCUCCGCCGGGGGCGGCACCAGGGAGGGCCUCCUCUGGUACAGGGACGCCGGCAGGCACGCCUGCGGCGACUUCUCCAUGGCCGUCGUGCAGGCCAACCAGCUGCUCGAGGACGCCAGCCAGCUCGAGGCCGGGCCCCUAGUCGCCGCCGACGGCCCCUGCGGCACCUUCGUUGGCGUCUACGACGGCCACGGCGGGCCCGAGACCGCCCGCUUCGUCGCCGACAACCUCUUCCACCACCUAAAGAAGUUUGCGACGGAACGACAGACCGUCUCAUCCGACGUCAUACGCAGAUCCUACGCUGCCACCGAGGAAGGGUUUCUGAACCUUGUGAGGAAGCAGUGGCUCAUCAAACCGCAGAUUGCCUCAGUCGGUACGUGCUGUUUGGUUGGCAUCAUCAACGAAGGGGUCCUCUACAUAGCAAACACCGGUGAUUCUCGUGCUGUCCUCGGGAGACUCGAGAGGGGCGCCAAAGACAUUAAAGCCGUUCAGCUAUCGUCCGAGCAUAACGCGAGCUUUGAGGCUGUAAGGGAUGAGCUAAGACAGCUACACCCGGACGACCCCCGGAUCGUGGUCCUCAAGCACAACGUUUGGCGCGUGAAGGGCAUUAUUCAGGUUUCCAGAACGAUCGGUGAUGCCUACCUAAAAAGUUCGGAAUUCAACCGCGAGCCUCUUCUAGCACGGUUCCGCAUUCCAGGACCCUUCCAUAAACCAAUUCUUUGUCCGGAACCAUCCAUUGAAGAACACAGGCUGUGUGCGGAAGAUCAAUUUGUUAUAUUUGCGUCAGAUGGACUAUGGGAGCACUUGAGCAAUCAGGAAGCUGUGGAUAUAGUUCAUUGUUCACCUCGGAAUGGCAUUGCGAGACGACUAGUAAAAGCAGCUCUGCGGGAGGCGGCAAAGAAGAGAGAAAUGAGGUACUCAGACUUGAAGAAGAUCGACCGCGGGGUCAGGAGGCAUUUCCAUGAUGAUAUUACUGUUGUAGUACUAUUCAUGGAGCCCGCGCUUAUCAGCAGAAGGCUCUACGGUGGCCCAUUGCUUUCGUUAAGGGGCGGUGGCAGUAUGCCAACGUUUGCACAGAAAUACUGACCAUCCAUGACUGAUGCUUUCUGGAAAUAUCGUCCUAUAUAUCGUUCAUAUCUUGGGCCGGUGCUCUCCACACGACAUGCAGACACUGCGUAGAGCGGUGCGUGGAGGAGCCAUAUUGUUUUGACUUCUAAUAUGUACAGCUAGAGAGAGAAGCGUUGUUGUUCGAUGGCCGCGUCAUCAGUGUGAUGACAUGACCCUCUGUUGGGUCGCUCGGAGAAACCUAAACUGGCAGCUGCACAUAAUUUGCAGGUAUCAGCUAGCGUUUCUCUUUUCGCGGGGUGGAUGGACCUGAAAUUGAGCAGUAUUUUAAGAAACAUGGGAUUAAGACAUUGCGGCAUGCUGUUGUUACAUCUCAUGACCCCUCCUUCAUUUUGCAGCUCUCCGGCUUUCCAUCUCAUGUCUACAUUGUAUAACUAUUUAAGCUUUAAGCUCUGUGAACUGUGGAUGUUGGGGCAGAGUUGGAUUAGCAUUAGCCAAGGACUUUGUAAAGAGUAUAUGUCCAUUUUGCCAAGACAGGAAGGACUAAAAAAAUCUAUUUAACUUGUUGAA